UCCGGGGAGGCAGCUGCGCCCGCCUUACAUCGCGCCGGAGGCGUGCGCUGGGCGAGGAGCUGGGACCGCGGGAGCGCGGGGACAUGGGCCGCGAGAUGCCCCUGGCUCGCAUCUGUUGCUACUGCUGCCUCCUCUACCAGCUGGGCUUCUUGUGGAACGGGAUCGCCGCAGGGCUGCAGUUCGCCCCCAACCUGGAGGAGUGGGAAGUCGUGUUUCCUGCACUCUGGCGCCGAGAGCCCCUGGACGCGGCUGGCGGCAGCGCGGGCAGCGCGGACCCAGGCUGGGGGCGCGGCACCGGGGGCGGCGGUCGGGCGCAGGGCGCGGGCAGCUCGCGCGAGGUGCGGUCAGUGGCCCCGGCGCCGCUGGAAGAAGCAGCCGAAGGCCAGACUGAGUCCCGGUUCCCGUAUCCCCAGAGACCCGGGGGUGACGAGGACGAGGAGCCCGAAUCUCAGGAGCUGCCGCGGGGAUCCAACGGUGCUGCCGCCUUGUCCCCAGGCGCCCCGGUCUCAUGGCAGCCCCCGCCGCCCCCGCAACAGCCCGGGUCCCCGCCCCCGGUCCAGCAAGUGGAUCCCAGCAGCGGGGAGGUGCUACUGAGGAUCCCGGCCUUCUCCAGGGACCUGUACCUACUGCUCCGGAGAGACGGCCGCUUCCUGGCGCAGCGCUUUGCGGUGGAGCAGUGGCCCAGUCCAGGCCCCGACCCCACCCGGGCAGCAGACGCCCCUCGCCCUCCAGCAUCGCCCGAAGCCGCCUGCUUUUACACCGGGACGGUGCUGAGGCAUCCAGGCUCUCUGGCCUCUUUCAGCACCUGUGGAGGUGGUCUGAUGGGAUUUAUACAACUCAAUGAGGACUUCAUAUUUAUUGAGCCAUUCAACGAUACAACGGCCAUAACAGGUCACCCACACCGCUUGUACAGGCAGAAAAGGUCCGUGGAGGAUAAAGUCACCCCGAAGUCAGAUCUCCGCAGUCAUUACUGUGGUGUCAUUUCAGAUAAAGGAAGACCAAUGCCUAAAAAAACAGCAGAAGGUGGAAGAGAAAAACGCUCUUCCUACAAACUACCUCAGGAGUACGAUGUUGAGACCGUUGUGGUGGCAGACGCAGCGAUGGUUUCCUACCAUGGGACAGAUGCAGCCAGGAGAUUCAUACUCACCAUCUUAAAUAUGGUUUUUAACCUUUUCCAACACAAGAGUCUGGGUGUGCAGGUCAAUCUUCGUGUGAUAAAGCUUAUUCUGCUCCACGAAACUCCAGCAGACCUAUAUAUUGGGCACCAUGGAGAAAAAAUGCUAGAGAGUUUUUGUAAGUGGCAGCAUGAGGAAUUUGGCAGAAAGAAUGACAUACACUUAGAGAUGUCCACAAGCUGGGGCGAAGACACGACCGCAGUGGAUGCGGCUAUCCUCAUAACAAGGAAAGAUUUCUGUGUACACAAAGAUGAGCCAUGUGAUACCGUGGGUAUAGCUUACUUGAAUGGAAUGUGUAGUGAGAAGAGAAAAUGCAUCAUUGCCGAAGACAAUGGCCUGAACCUCGCAUUGACAAUUGCACACGAAAUGGGUCACAACAUGGGCAUCAAUCACGACAAUGAUCACCCAUCAUGUGCCGAUGGCCUUCACAUCAUGUCUGGUGAAUGGAUCAAAGGACAAAAUCUAGGUGAUGUUUCGUGGUCCAGGUGCAGCAAGGAAGACUUAGAGAGAUUUCUUAGGUCAAAGGCCAGUAGCUGCUUACUGCAGACAAAUCCCCAGAGUCUCAGUUCUGUGAUGGUGCCCUCCAAGCUUCUAGGGAUGACAUACACCGCCGAUGAGCAGUGCCAGAUUCUCUUUGGGCCUUCGGCUUCCUUCUGUCAGGAAAUGCAGCAUGUCAUCUGCACAGGAUUGUGGUGCAAAGUAGAAGGUACAGAAGAGUGCAGAACCAAGCUUGAUCCUCCAAUGGACGGGACUGACUGCAGCCCUGGGAAGUGGUGUAAGGCUGGACAGUGCAGCAGCAGGCCCUCAGGACCUGAGCACCCCGCUGGGGAGUGGAGCACCUGGAGUUCCUGCAGCCGAACCUGCAGUUCUGGGAUCAGCAGUCGCGAGCGCCAAUGUCCUGGGCCAGGCUCUGAACCAAGGGAUUGUAAUGGCCCCAGAAAACAAUAUAGAAUAUGUGAGAAUCCACCUUGCCCUGCUGGUUUGCCUGGAUUUAGAGACUGGCAAUGCCAGGCCUAUAGUGUUAGAACUUCCUCCCCAAAGCAUGCUCUUCAGUGGCAAGCUGUCUUUGAUGAAGAAAAGCCAUGUGCCUUGUUUUGCUCUCCUAUCGGAAAAGAACAACCUGUUCUUCUGUCAGAAAAAGUGAUGGAUGGAACUUCUUGUGGAUAUCAGGGACUAGAUAUAUGUGCAAAUGGCAGGUGCCAGAAAGUUGGUUGUGAUGGCUUAUUAGGAUCUCUGGCCAGGGAGGAUCAUUGUGGCAUAUGCAAUGGCAACGGAAAGUCAUGCAGAAUCAUUAAAGGCAAUUUCAAUCAUACCAGAGGAGCAGGCUAUGUUGAAGUGCUGGUGAUUCCUGCUGGAGCCAGAAGAAUCAAAGUUGUGGAGGAAAAGCCGGCACAUAGCUACUUAGCUCUCCGGGAUGCUAGCAAGCAGUCUAUAAAUAGUGACUGGAAGAUCGAACAUUCUGGAGCAUUCAGUUUAGCUGGAACAACAGUCCAUUACAUCAGACGAGGCCUGUGGGAGAAGAUCUCUGCCAAAGGUCCCACUACCACAGCUUUGCACCUCCUGGUACUCCUAUUUCAAGAUCAGAAUUAUGGUCUUCACUAUGAAUACACUGUUCCAUCAGACCCUCUUCCGGACAACCAGAGCUCUAAGGAAUCAGAGCCUCUCUUUAUGUGGACACACACGGGCUGGGAAGACUGCAAUGCCACAUGUGGAGGAGGAGAAAGGAAGACAACAGUAUCCUGCUCAAAAAUCACGAGCAAGAAUGUCAGCAUCGUGGACAACAAGAAAUGCAAAUAUCUAAGCAAGCCGGAGCCACAGAUUAGGAGGUGCAAUGAGCAGCCCUGCCAGACGAGGUGGAUGAUGACAGAAUGGACGGCCUGUUCACGAACGUGCGGGAAAGGAGUGCAGAGCAGGCAGGUGGCCUGCACCCAGCAACUGAACAACGGAACCUUAGUCAGAGCCUGGGAGAGAGACUGCUUGGGGCCCAAGCCUGCUGCUGCCCAGCGCUGUGAGGGCCAGGACUGCAUGACGGUGUGGGAGGCAGGAGUGUGGUCCGAGUGCUCAGUCAAGUGUGGCAAAGGUGUACGUCAUCGGACUGUGCGGUGUACUAACCCAAGAAAGAAAUGUGUCCUCUCCACCAGACCCAGGGAGGCUGAGGACUGUGAAGAUUAUUCAAAGUGCUACGUGUGGCGAAUGGGUGACUGGUCUAAGUGCUCCAUUACCUGUGGCAAAGGAAUGCAGUCCCGUGUCAUCCAGUGCAUGCAUAAGAUCACAGGAAGACACGGAAAUGAAUGCUUUUCUUCAGAAAAGCCUGCAGCGUACAGGCCGUGUCACCUUCAGCCCUGUAACGAGAAGAUUAAUGUAAAUACCAUAACAUCACCCAGACUGGCUGCUCUGACUUUCAAGUGCCUGGGAGAUCAGUGGCCGGUGUACUGCAGAGUGAUACGGGAGAAGAACCUUUGCCAGGACAUGCGAUGGUACCAGCGCUGCUGUGAGACUUGCAGGGACUUCUAUGCCCAGAAGCUGCAGCGGAAGAGUUGACCCCCGGCGGUGGCCACCUGGCUCACACCUCUUUGCAAUCACCUUAUUUAUAAACACACACGCUAGCAUGUUUUUCAGACCAAAUAGUAUCAGAUUACUUAUAAUUUAAUCAAAUUAAUUUAUUUUUGCCUGCCAGACAUCUAAUGUGGUGUUUGUUUUAGUUAUACAAACAUUUUGAAUUAUACUAUAAGGCUUCAUAAAUAAUUUUAUAUGAAUGAAUAAUUUGGAUCUAGUAAUCUAAUAAAAAGGAAAAGAUGAUAAAAUGGUUUUUCAGUUAGGGCUGUCUCUAAGGUGCUAUUUUCUCCCCACAAAUACCAUUGAAUGAUCUAGUACAUACACUACCUUAACAUGAUGAUUUAGCUAUACAUGCAGAAAGCAUCUUCUUGUGUCCUGCUGCAGAAAUGCCCCCAUUUUCUGUAAUCUGUAGGAGAUGUGCAAACAUAACAAACCUCAUAGUCUUGAAAAGGCUUAAAAGAAUGUAUUGAUGAAUUGGAUACAGAUUUAGAGACAACUAUAGGAAAAAUUCUACUGUAAUGAUAAUUUUAUAUUACUAAUGGAAAAGUCAAAACGGACUUUGAUCAUGUUCAUGAACAUGUACUUGAACACAAGUGUUGUAACAAUGAAACACUGUAAUAAUUUACACUGAAUCACAUUGCACUGUUGGCA